UCUUCGCCUCUUCCCCUGUCACCUCAUAAGCGCACACAAAUAAACCCCUCUCUCUCUCUCUCUCUCUCUCUCUCUCUCUCUCUGUAGGAGAACCCAAAUUGUGACCCAGAAGGAGGACCACCAAUGGAGGCGGCGCCGGAGUGCUACCACGGCGGGUUCUACAGGGCGGCGUCGGGGACGAUGCCGCAGUUCGUGGCGGAGAAGAAGGGCACCGCCGCGUCCGCCGCGGCCGACAAUGGCUUCGUCGUCGACGAUCUCCUCGACUUCUCCAACGAGGAGGAGGACGACGACGACGCCGCCGCCGCCGCCGCGGCGCCGGAGGUGUACGGAUCCGCCGCGGACGACGCGGCGACGGGGAACUCGUCCGCGGAUUCGUCCACCGUCACCGCCGUCGAUAGCUGUAACUCCUCAUUCUCCGGCGGCGGCGGCGGCGGCGCCGGCGGAUACCCCCAUUUCUCCGGCGAGCUCGCGUCGCAGAGCUUCGGCGAUAAUUGCCUCUCCGGCGACCUCUGCGAGCCGCAGUACGAGGAGUUAGCCGAGCUGGAAUGGCUCUCGAACUUCGUGGAGGAGUCGGCGUUCUCCAGCGAUCAGGAUCUGCAGAAGCUCCACCUCAUCUCCGGAUUCAAACCCUCCCCUUCCUCCUCCUCCUCCGCUUCUGCCUCCGCCUCUGCCUCCGCCUCCGCCGCCACCGCAGCCGCCGCGCACCAUUCCCCGGUCCCCGGCAAGGCGCGCAGCAAGCGGUCCCGCGCCGCGCCCUGCAGCUGGUCCUCGCGCCUCCUCGUCGUCUCUCCGACAUCGGCUGCGGCUUCGCAAGUCACCGCCACCGCCGCAGCAGCCCCAGUGUCGUCGUCGGAGUCGGAGAUUACCGAGAUCGGCGGUGCUUCGGCGGUGACCGUUGCAGGAAAGAAGGCGUCGAAGCCGGCGAAGAAAAAGGAGAAUUCGGGAGCGGCGGCUGCGGCGGCGGCGGGGGACGGGAGGAGGUGCCUGCAUUGCGCGACGGAGAAGACGCCGCAGUGGCGGACGGGGCCGAUGGGCCCGAAGACGCUGUGCAACGCCUGCGGCGUCCGGUUCAAGUCGGGCCGCCUCGUGCCCGAGUACCGGCCCGCGGCGAGCCCCACGUUCGUGCUCUCCAAGCACUCCAAUUCCCACCGCAAAGUCCUCGAACUCCGCCGCCAGAAGGAGCUCCAGCAGCUCCAAUUACCGCCGCCGCCGCCGCAGCAACAGCAGCAGCAUCAUCUCCUCCACCCUCGCACCGCCGCCGCCGCUGUGUUCGACGCCGCUCCCCCGCACUCCGCAGCAGACGAAUUCUUGAUCCACCACCACCACCACCACCACCACCUAGGCCACGAAUUCCGGCAACUACUCUAGCUUCGCGCGAAAAAGGAGCAAAACGAAAAUACCAAAAGAGUGAAGGACUUUAGCGUAAAAGUAUUUUCAGGGAUUAUUUUUAAUUUUAGGAGAAUUUUAUUCGGAGCAGAAGUGCUUGUGGCGCGUUUUUUAGGUUUUUUUUUUUUUCCUUUUUUAUUGUUCAAAAUUUUCGUGUUCUUAAUUUUCUACUCUAACCCUUAGAAAUUAAUUCUAGGGAGUUUAGCCAUGUAUUUUCCCAGACACUUUUUUCUUUCUAUCUGGAAAAAUCCAAAACAAAAAAGAGUUCUAAAAAUUACAAUGGGGCUGUCCUGAAUUGUAAUUCUUUAAAAAAAAAACUGUCCUUAUUUGCGAUUUGAUAGAUCUGAUAUUUCUGGAGGUGUGGACCAGGUGCACGUAGAUCAUGUGUACAAGCAAACAAGAAGGCGAUUCCUGUUGUCCAUCGGAUGCACGUGAUGAUCAUUUGUAUCUAAUAAUUAAUCUCCCAUCCAAUUUUACAAAAGGUCGUUUGCGGUGCUGCUUACUACGAUCACCACCGUUUGAUCUCGGCCAAACCAAUCGAACGGCCCAGAACUCAAAAACACUGCUCCUGCAGGUACACAGAAGGUUACCGCACAGAGGAAAAAUUUUAGAAUG